AACCUAUCUUCUGGAAGGGUCAAGCGGACCAUAAAAGGAUUUUCAGACGACGCAAGAAACAGAUGGAGGUUAAGCGAUAGGGGGACAUUGUAUUUCAUCACAGGGCGACUACCACGGGGAACUCAGUUCGUCGAUGAGAUGGAACGACUCAGUCAAAACAGACUUUUGAAUGUGUUUAAACUGAAACAGCCGGACGAAGACAUGCGAUCCGCAGCUUGGGGUGUGAACGUCCAACCGCUGAGUGGAUCCCCGUCAAAUUUCGCCGUAUUCACAGCCCUGUUGGACCCGGGGGAUCGGAUAAUGGGUUUGGACGUCACAUGUGGUGGACACCCGAGUCAUGGAUACUCCAAAUUAAAGAAAAAAAUGAGUGCUGCUUCAGUCUACUUUGAAACAAAGCCUUAUCAGCUUGAUAUGCAAACGGAACUGAUCGACUACGAUGCAUUGGAAAAGGACGCGAAGUUGUUCAAACCCAAGUUGAUUAUUGCGGGUACAUGUACGCAUCCGCGGCUGUUCGACUAUCCCCGUUUACGUCAGAUCUGUGACUUUGUCGGAGCCAUUCUUCUGUCUGACAUGGCGCACAUAUCCGGACUGGUUGCUGCCGGUGUCGUUCCCUCACCAUUUGCUUUGUCGGAUGUGGUGACAUCCACCACGCACAAAACUCUUCGCGGUCCACGAUCCGGGAUGAUAUUCUUCCGAAGGUAUUCACGAGAAAAUGAUCGUUUCGACAGUCUGCGUCCGUUGAACGCGCAGGAUUACGAAACUCGGAUAAAUGAUGCUGUCUUUCCGGGUCUGCAAAGUGGUCCUCAUGAGAAUGUUAUUGCAGGUGUCGCUAUGCAACCAGAAUUCAAGAAUUAUUCACGCCAGGUCUUGUUGAACGCACAAGCACUAGCCAAAGGCCUCCAGUCCCGAGGUGUACGACUGGUUUCUGGCGGCACGGAUUUGCAUUUUGUGGUGGCCGAUCUGACCUCAUCACCCGGACGUCCUAGGCUCAGUUCAGGCGAUGCUGUUCGUGCUCAGAUAGUCGCGGAUGCUUGUGGCCUGACUUUCAUGUUCUCUCUAAAUGAUAUUGGAGCGGCGCUGAUCAAGCGCUUAGGGUAUCCACAGCCUGAUCCCAGGGGUUACGUGUUCGAACCCUCGAAAGUGCGGCUCAUCCUUCCUCUUGUCCUUGUAUUGCAUGGCAGCCCAUCGAUUGGCCACUUGUUGCUUCUAAAACAUAGUGUACACGAUUGUCUAUUCAAUAAAACGACGUAA